AAAGACUCCGCCCAAACCGGAUGUUUUACUGCAUGUACGUACUGUUAGACGCUCAAGAAUCAUGUUUUUCUAUUUACAAUUUGCAGGUAAUCCAAACAAUUAUUAAAUCUUGACAUGCCGUCGUAAAAUGUUCCCGAGGAUGCAAUCCGAAGAGAAGGACGCGUUUCCUUUUGUCGAGGACAGCUUUUCACGUUUUCCUUCGCAAAGUAAUAUAUAUGGACUAUGUCAGGCUGGAGAGCAAGAGCUGCUGGCAGCAACCCUGAAAGGCAAAGUGGUGUGUUUCAGGUAUCAAGAACUCCAACAAAAAAUACGACCUGUUGCUAAAGAGGUACAGUUCACGUACAUCCCAGUUGAUGCCGAGAUUGUAUCAAUCGAUGCCUUCAACAAAUCUGCACCAAACAGAGGGCUGGUAGUAGGGAUCACGUUUAUAAAGGACUCCGGUGACAAAGCCACCCCAUUUCUGAAUAUCUACUGUGACUAUGAACCUGGCUCCGAGUUCAACCUGGAGUCCAUCGCACAGAGUUGCCUGAAUCUGGAAUUGCAGUUUACACCUUUCCAGCUCUACCACACAGAGGUCCAUUGUGAAGGUGGAGGACGCGAGACAGUGUUUCUGCUCAGCGGCCACGACCAGAAGAUACACCUUUACAAAGAGAAUGCGUCCCUCCACCAGUUUGAGGAGCAACCAGUGGAGAGGCUCUUUCCAGAGCUACAGAAGCUGCCUAGCAAUGUCCUGUGGCUGGACAUGCUGAGUCUUCCCGGCGGCCGGAGAUUCUCCACCUACGGUUGUCAAAACGGCUGCGUUGGACUGGCCCUGGUUGACCAGAGCAAGCCAGAGGUAUUGCAGAGCUGGCAAGUGCUACAGGACAGCCCCAUAUCCACAGUGCUGCUAUUCUCCCUGAACAGCGACUCCCCCAGCACCGCAGCAGAGGUGAAAGCGUGUAGGCCUAGCCCCUACCUGCACCCUAAUGCUCCUCUAACUGGAUUUAAUGAAAGCCGCUGCGAAGAAAUGGGUAGUUACAAUCUUCUGGUCACCAGCACUAUAGAGACGGCUAUUGUCUACAGAGAUAUCCAGGAGCACGGUAUGUCCCAUCCAGAGUUCCUCCUGGAAAGCGACCAAUGGGAUGCAGUGCUUUGUGCCCUUGUCGUUGACCUGGAUUUUGACGGGCAGAAGGAAGUGCUGAUCGGAACCUAUGGGCAGGAAUUACUUUGCUAUAAAUUCCAGGAGCAGUCGCACGUUGGAUCUGAAAGGCGGUUUCAAAUGGUGUGGAGGCGGAGCUUCAAGAGCCCAGUGCUAUCCAUUACCUACUCGGACCUGACCGGGGACGGGCUAAAAGAGCUCGCUAUUCUCACACUGAAGGGACUGCACAUUAUGCAGCAUUCCCUCUCCAGCACUGCUGAUUUGGUUCUCCAGAGACUCUCCAGAAGACUGUCCAUAAUGACCCCUGGCUCUGAAUUGUCUUCGGGUCACGAUAGCCAGGAUAAGGCCGACACAGUUAGGGCACCAGAGUCGACUUGCCAACCACCACCACCACCAUGAAAUAAAAGAUUACGACCAUCUGCUUGGCCUGAACCGCAGUCAACCUUCACCUUUUGGACUAUUUAAAGAUGUAGCUAAAUAAAUUAGUUAAUUCACUUUUUGUUUGGAUUAGUUACAACUUUUAGGAAUUAGCCUCGUAGUUUGCCAAGAAAACACAUACUGUAUCGAUAUAUUGCUUGAUUGUAAAUUAUAAAUAAAACUGUACAUAAAGUUGUAAGACCUUCAACUCCUA